AUGGAGGCAAAAUUUGCGGCAUGUUUUGAGGCCACGGUUCAAGCAUUGUGGUUGUGGAACUUUAUCUCAGGGUUAGGUAUUGUCGAUAAUACAGAAAGACCACUAAGAUUGUUUUGUGAUAAUUCUGCAGCUGUCUUCUUUGCAAGGAACGAUAGAUAUUCUAAGGGUGCUAAGCACAUGGAUUUGAAAUAUCUACCGAUUAAAGAAGAGGUGCGAAAACAUAGAGUGUCAUUUGAGCAUAUAGGUACUGACCUAAUGAUAGUGGAUCCGUUAACUAAGGGAUUGGCGCCCAUAGCUUUUACAGGCCCUGUUGAAAGGAUGGACAUUAUAGACAAGUCCUUGUUAGCUUGA